AUGGGCUCUAGAUUACACGUCGUCAACGAAGAAAAAGAAUUUAGCUCUCAGCUCUCUCCCCAACUCGGUGAAUGGGGUCUUAGCAACGCUGGAUUCAAUUACAACGUCGUCAGCGUAUUUGGGUCUCAAUCAACCGGUAAAAGUACCCUCCUCAACAGACUAUUUGGCACUACUUUUGAUGUCAUGAAUGAGAGCCAGAGAAGGCAGACCACAAAGGGUAUUUGGAUGUGCAAGGCCAAAGAAAUACCUCUUCUCGUUAUGGAUGUCGAGGGUACUGACGGUCGCGAGCGUGGUGAAGAUCAGGACUUUGAAAGAAAGUCUGCGCUUUUCUCUUUGGCUGCUUCAUCCGUUCUCCUUAUCAAUAUGUGGGAGCACCAGGUUGGUCUUUAUCAAGGUGCCAACAUGGGUCUUCUCAAGACUGUAAUGGAAGUUAACUUCUCCAUGUUUAUCGCAAACUCUCAAGCCUCCUUCCCGGAGAGCAAACCACCAAAGACCCUGCUUUUGUUUGUUAUUCGCGACCAUAUUGGUACUACACCACUUGACAAUCUCCGCUCGACAUUAACUAACGAUAUCGAGAAUAUCUGGAACUCUGUCUCAAAACCUGAAGGCUUAGCAAAAGCUGACUUGAGCGACUACUUUGACCUCGGAUUCGUCACACUACCACACAAGCUCUUACAACCAGACGAAUUCGAUCAUCAGACUUCGACCAUCAGAAAUGAUUACUUUACAAAAAGCACAUCUGGAAACUAUAUUCUCAAGCCGGAAUACCACAGACAAAUCCCAGCUGAUGGUCUCAGUCAUUAUUUGCAAACAAUUUGGGACAAGGUUCAAAACAAUAAAGAUUUAGAUGUUCCAACACAGCAAGAGCUUUUGGCUCAGUAUAGAUGCGAUGAAAUUGCUGCAGAGGCAUUAAAGGUAUUUCACUCCAGGUUAAUCGCGGUGAGGAAACCAGUGGAAGUUGGAAAGUUUGUGCCAGAAUUGGGUAAAGUUAUGAGAGAUUCCAAGAAGGAGGCUUUAGACAUGUUCGACAGUACUGCCUUCCGUUACACAAAAACAGUUUACGAGAAGAAGCGUGAAGAGCUUACGGAAACUAUCAGCACUACACUCUCUCCCUUAUACAUCAACCAGGUUAAGAACUUGCACAAGAAGGCAAUUGACAGUUACAAAAAGGAGCUUCAUGCCAGGCUCAAAUCUGACUCUUAUGACUUUUCAAAUGUCGUGAAAGAGUCAUCAAUUCAUCAUCUCCAGACAUUCAUUGAUCAGGCUAAAGAAAUCACCUUAGCUGGUACAGACUGGUCUUAUAUUGAGACAUUAGAGCAACUCAAAGUCGACAUCGAUACAGUAUCGGCAGACUGUAGAUCUGAUGAGCUCAUCAAACUCUUAAAUCAACUUGAGCGCUCAAUUCAAAAGGACGCAGGUGAAUUUGUUGAAGUAUCUCUGAACAACCCAGAUGCAGAGAUGUGGGAUAAAGUACUAGAUAGAUUCAACGCUCUGAUAGAGCGCUCGAAGACAUCUUACGUCACUAAAGCCAAGAGACUGAAUAGUACAGAUCAGGAAAUUAAAGCUACCACAGGCAGUUUGUUGCGUAGAGCAUGGAUUUCGUUGCGCAACAAGAUCGAAGAGCAGUGUUCGGAAUCAAUCUUGUUGUUCAGGUUGAGAACAAUAUUUGAAGACAAAUUCCGUUACGAUGAUAAAGGUAUACCCAGGGUGUGGAGACCUACAGAUGAUAUAGAAGCUAUCUACGCUGAUGCAAGAGAGUACACACUACAAUUAUUGAAAUUAUACCGAAACAUUAAACCUCAAGACAUUAACAAUUUGUUCACAUAUCCUCAACUCGAUGAUAGCGUUUUAGACAUUAUAAAGGUUUCAGAUCUUGAAGAGUCGUACAACUAUGAAGAAUCACUUCAAGUGCUAGGUGAAGCAAAAGAAGCACAGCUUGCUGGUAGAUUCAAGAAGGACGCUGAUGCUAUUUAUGUUGAAGCAAAACGUAGUGUCGUCAGCUCUAUUUCCAAGAUACCGUUAUGGUUCUACGUUGCAUUAUUGAUAUUGGGUUGGAAUGAGCUAUGGGCUGUUCUCAGUAAUCCGCUCUAUCUAACCUUAUCGAUACUUGGAUUAGUCACUGCUUAUUUCGUCUAUACUUUAAACCUCGGUGGCCCAAUCAGCACAAUCUUAAUGACAGUUGGGAAAGAAGUUAACAGAAUCAUCGUUGAUAAAAUGAUAAACAUACAAAACGAAGCUAGGAAUGCAGCAAAUGGAGCUGCAACACCAGAGGCCAGCUCAGAUGUCAACAAGAAUGCAGCCGCUUCUUAA